AUGUCUGCUGCAUUAAAAGAGACAUUUGCACGUUGCAAAAAGGAAAACCGUAAUGCAUUAGUCAACUUCAUCACUGCAGGAUACCCGUCUAUUGAAGAUACGAUCCCCAUUUUAACCAAUAUGCAAAAGGCUGGGGUUGAUAUUAUUGAAAUCGGUAUACCAUUUUCUGAUCCUAUUGCUGAUGGACCAACCAUUCAAACAGCUAACACUAAAGCUUUAGAAAAUGGAAUGACGGUGGCCAAAGUAUUGGAUAUGGUGAAACAAGCAAGGAAUGAAGCCGGUGUUACCGUACCAUUGAUUUUGAUGGGUUACUAUAAUCCAAUUUUAAAAUAUGGUGAAGCCAAAUUUUUACAAGAUGCAGCAGCAGCUGGCGUCAAUGGAUUUAUUAUUGUCGAUUUGCCCCCUGAAGAGGCAGUCAAGUUUAGAAGCGCAUGUUCAAAGCAUGGAUUAUCUUAUGUUCCAUUAGUAGCUCCAGCUACUACUGAUGAAAGAUUAAAGGUAUUGGGACAAAUUGCCAAUUCUUUUGUGUAUGUGGUUUCCAAAAUGGGUACCACUGGAGCUUCCAGUAAAGUUUCUGCCGGUAUUGAAGAAUUGUGUGCUCGAGUACGAAAAUACGUUGGAAAAGAUACGCCUAUUGCAGUUGGUUUUGGUGUGUCAACAAGAGAGCAUUUCCUUGCCGUGGGAAAAGUUGCUGAUGGGGUAGUUAUUGGAUCAAAGAUUGUAACUUUGAUUGGCGAAUCUAAACCAGGUGAACGUGGUGAAACUGCUUACAAAUAUGUCAGAUCUAUUCUUGGUGAUGAUUACAAGUCAAAUGCUCCAGAGCAAUUCCACAAUGGUACUAAAGAUAAAGAAGAAGGUGGUGAUCUUACCAAGCCACAACCUGAUUUUGAAGAAGCACAUCAAUACAAUCCUCGUUUUGGUGACUUUGGUGGUCAGUAUGUUCCUGAGGCCCUUCAUACUUGUUUAGCUGAAUUGGAAAGAGGAUUUGAAGAUGCAGUUGCUGAUCCAGAAUUUUGGAAGGAGUUUAAAGACUUGUAUUCAUACAUUGGUAGACCAUCUUCAUUGCAUAAAGCAGAAAGAUUAACUGAACAUGCUGGCGGUGCCACCAUUUGGUUAAAGAGAGAAGACUUGAACCAUACUGGAUCUCACAAAAUCAAUAAUGCUUUGGCACAAGUACUUAUUGCCAAGAGAUUAGGUAAAAAGAAAAUCAUUGCUGAAACGGGUGCUGGUCAACAUGGUGUAGCUACUGCCACUGCAUGUGCUAAAUUUGGUUUGGAAUGCACAGUAUUCAUGGGAGCAGAAGAUACUAGACGUCAAGCAUUGAAUGUUUUCCGAAUGAAAAUCCUUGGUGCUAAUGUUGUUCCCGUCAAGAACGGUACCCAAACUUUGCGUGAUGCCACGUCAGAAGCUUUUAGAUACUGGGUUUCCAAUUUGGAAACUACUCAUUAUGUAGUUGGAUCAGCAAUUGGACCUCAUCCAUAUCCAACCUUGGUUCGUACCUUCCAAAGUGUGAUUGGACAAGAAGUUAAACAACAAUUUGCUCAAUUGAACGAUGGCAAAUUACCCAACGCUGUGGUUGCUUGUGUUGGUGGUGGAUCCAACUCCACUGGAUUAUUCUCCCCCUUUGAAAAGGACUUGCAAGUCAAGAUGUUGGGUGUGGAAGCUGGUGGUGAUGGAAUUGAUACUAAUCGUCAUUCAGCUACUUUAACUGCCGGUAUACCGGGGGUUUUCCACGGUGUAAGAACAUUUGUUUUACAAGAUGACGACGGACAGGUCCACGACACUCAUUCAGUGUCGGCGGGAUUGGAUUAUCCUGGUGUAGGACCUGAGUUGGCCUAUUGGAAGUCUACCGGCAGAGCUGAUUUUAUUGCUGCUACUGAUGCACAAGCUUUGGAAGGGUUCAAACUUUUGUCGCAAUUGGAAGGUAUUAUCCCUGCUUUAGAAUCAUCUCAUGCUAUUUAUGGUGGUGUCGAAUUGGCCAAGACUUUACCCAAGGAUCAACAUAUUGUUAUUAAUGUUUCUGGUAGAGGUGACAAGGAUGUACAAUCAGUUGCUGAAGUGUUGCCUAAGUUGGGUGAACAAAUUGGUUGGGACUUGAGGUUUGAUGAAGAUCCAUCGAAAAAGAAUGUUGUAUGA